ACUCCUGGUAACAUUUACAUGCCUGGUCACUAGGAGCAGCAUCUACUCUGUGGGGGAAGAUGGGGCAAAAGGCCUCACAGCAGGUGGCUCCGAAGGACAGCCAGGAGGUCCUUGUCAUGUGUGAGGUGGUCAGCACAGCCGUUGACCACGCAGCACAGAAGCUGAAGGAGUUCCUCAGGUUUGAGUACCCACUGAGCGGCCUCGGCCUCGCAGCUGGUACGCUGAGUGAAAUCUUCCUUGUCCAUUUCAUCACGUUCUGCCAGGAAAGGGGGGCUGACGACUGGCUCACCACCACCAAGACGACCAAGCACCAGGCCCUGCUGUUUGGAGCAGACUGGAUCUGGACCUUCUGGGGACCUGAUAAGCAAAUACGGCUUCAGGUGGCGGUGCAGACCCUGAGGAUGGCCUCCCUCCCUCUGAGGGACCCGAAGUCCUGUGAGUCCAAGGGAGAGGAGUCUUGGAAGAGAGGCAGGUUUGAUAAGCUGGGAGAAUUCUGUGACUUGGUGGGAGAGGACUGUCUGGGUCUGUUCAUCGUCUUUGGUGUGCCGGGAGAACCUGAAGCCAUCAGAGGUGUUGUCCUGGACAGUGUCCGAAGCAGGAUGGUGAAGAGCCGUCUGCCGGGACGCAAGGCUGUGGAGCAGUUUGUGCUGGAGGCAGAGGAUUGUGUCUCCAUCAAAGAGCUGCUGGGAAACCAUCUGAGUAAAAGAGAUGCGCUGAGCAACAUGGGCAAGGUUUACAUUAGCAUCCUCUGACUGGGCAUGCUGCUGUGACA